AAAAAAAAAAAAAAAAAAAAAAAAGACAAGACAAAAAACCUUACAGAGUAUGGUCCAGGUUUCUAGAUGACAGUAUUCAACCUACAGUGAAGGCUCAAGCUGAAUUCUAUGGAAGUCCUUAUAAUUCCAAGAUAGAUAGAAUUUUUGAGAGACAGAGCUAAGUAUGUUUUAGUUGGGGACUAGGUAGGAAAUAGAUGUCCUGUUCUAAAAGCCUAAGGUAUAGUUCAGCUUUCUUGUGCUUCGUAAAAUAAGUCAAUGCUCCUGCAUAUGUAGAGUUAGCAGUUAAAAAUAGUACAAGGAUGCAAGCACAAGCCCAUGUCUUGUAAUAGCAAUGCAGAAAUGGUGCUUUUAUAGGUAAAACUCUUUGUCUUACAACGUAAUGGCUUUUGAUUAUAUUUGUGGCCAGUGAUGUUCUUCAUAGCAAUAGAGCCGAUUGUGAGCUAAUGGAUAGGCUCAAUUUGUGAUGAAUAUACAUUUCAAUAUUGCUUUAAUGCCAUCUUCACUUUUGCUGAAAUGCUUCUCUGAUAGAUGCUAGUGCCUUCAGAGGGCAGUCAGUGUUACCAGCUGUUGCUAACAUUUGAGAAGUGUGAGAAUGUUGCUUUAGCGCACAGAUUUCUUUUUCUGACAGCCCCCAAAUCAAUUGAAAAAUCAUGACACUGUCCAGCAGGAUUAGCUGAUGGUGUUUUUGUGUUUUGACAUCUGUAGUUCCAUUUCUGAGGGAAGCUGCUACAUGUUUUUUUGAUCUUGGCUGUAUAAAAUCUACCUAAUUUGAUGCACUCAGAAGGAUUAGUUGUGGAGAAGCUGGCAUAAGACAAUUUGUAAGUUUUAGCUACUACAGCUGGUGGGUCGGAGCAAGAUGUUUUGUUGCCUAAUCCAUAUUGAAAUUCUGAGAGUCAUACUGCGAGUCUCUGGUGGCUGAAAAACACAAGUAGGCUUUUUGAAUGAUUCCCACUGAAGCUCAGACAAUUCUGAGCAAGCUGCUUUUGCUCAGUAAGAAUUGUUUUUGGUUUGUAGGGUCUCCUUGCAUCUAAUGCUUAUAGAACAGCUAAAUGCAAUGCUAAAUCUAGCAAAAUCUGUGAUAAGAGACCUAAUUGCUAGUUGGUCUUCAGUGUAUUUGGAAGAAGAGCAUGUGUUUCACACAGACUUUCUGACCUACAGCUCUGCAAUAAGUAGAUCUUGGAAAGAUGACCUCAGUGAAACACUUGGCUUUAGUAGUUAGUGUUUUAAAUGGACUGCAGGUUUUCAGCUUUAAAAUUAGGCAAAAGAGAAAACAGCUCAUGGCAGAAAUCUGAAGUAUGCUUUCUCAGAAAUUGACUUAAAAAUUCUAAUGCCAUGUUAAAUUUUUGAAGUAGCUCACAGUCUAAAUUUGACUUGGCUGGCAAAAUAUGUGAAGUUUUAAGAGCAGUAAUUACAUAAUGUGGAAAACUGUAAUGGGAAGAUCUUACGUACAUGUGUUUGAAAAUUGUGAAUUUUAGGAACAAAUUUUGAAGUUUUCCAGAUAGAGAUCAAACUAACGUCGCACUGUUUUCUGUUCUUUCUGAGCCUUGUGGUACUCCUGUACUUAAGCAACAGGGGUUUUAAUUUGUUUUGGUAGUCAUAGUAAGUCCCAAUGUGAUGAAGGUUUGAAAAAAGCUGUGGUUUCUUGAUGAAAGUGGGGAUGAGAGUUAGGUGUUUAAAUGUGUGAGCAUGCCAGCCAAGGAUCAGAAUAAGAAUAAUUUUAGGCUGUCUUGAAAUUCACAUAAAACAUUGGUGAUACCAAUUGUUCAUUCCCUCACACAGUUGUGAUACUGCUGAUGGCUCAAAUAGUCCAGCUGCUGAUCAGAAACUGCAGAGAUUCUUAGUGUAGAGGAAGUUGCAAGAUGUUGCAAGAAUGAGUGUCUUGAUUUGCUGCAGUUAGCAAAGGAACAGGUAUAUCCACAUAAAGCCACUGUGGCUGCCCAAAUGAUGCAGAAGCUAGAAAAUACCGAGGUAAUAAAACAAGGAUUGUGUUAAGGAUGUAAGACUCUAGUUCUUCAGGUGAGUGUGGAAUAGAGAUAGAAGGAAAGCAUUAUACAAUGGAAGGUAACUGAAUUGCCAUAACAUACUGUAAAUCGUGCAUAUGCAGUCUUAUGAGUACUUACUACCUAAGUACUGGCAAAAGAGGGAACACUUUAGCAUUGAAAUACAUUGUGAGACAGUCUACACAGAGGUAGGAAGGAGUGCUCAGGGUAUCCUGUUAUAUUCGCUGUGAUGUGUUGAGCAGCCUUUCUGUAAGUCUGCUGGCUGCAUUUGUUUUCAUGCUUUGGAUGAGUUUAUUUAGCUAAGUCCUUACUCUGAUUUAGCUGAAUACGCUUUAUGUGUUUUUAUGGAAUGAAACUGCCAUUGAGUGAUUGCUGGAGUACUGAUGUUCUUCUGUGCCUUAAAUCUUGAUGUCAGAAAAGAAGUUAGUAGGAUUUGUUUUACAGAAUGGGUGAACAGAAUUUCUCUUGAAAAUUCAAAUAAGUAUUUAGAGGCAAAUGCCUUAGUCACUUUUUCUUAUAAGGGUUGAGAGAAGGAGAUUCAGACAUGGAAUGGGAAAGGUAAUGUAAAUAGAACUUCUCUACCAGAAGUGUCCCUGCUGAUUGUGUUUUGCAAUACUGUUAUUACAUAUUUUUUCAGAAGUAGAAUUGCGUACCAGAAGGAGUGAUUGAAGUCACCUUUUCUGUGUUGUUUUUUUUAAUUGCCUGUUGCUUGUGUAUAUUGAUGAAAAUUUAUGCAAUAUUACUUGGAAGGAGGUAGAGGAGUCAGGUCAGAAGAUAGUUUAGAUAUUCUGCCAUUUCCAUCUAGCUGCAUUGGCAUGAUGAGGUAGAGAUUUGAGUGGGUUUUGCAGUUAUUCAGGCUGUACCUGGCUGUCAUGGGGAAUAAACAUUUGAAAUGGACUUCUUGAGCUGGCUUUGUCUCUAGUUCCUAAAUGAGUAGUAGAUACAGUCCAAAUAUUCACGUUCAUGGUACCUGAGUUUCUUUAGGGAUAAAUCUGCUUCUGAGAGUCUUGUGCUUAGACUUGUCUCUCAAUAUACUGGGAUUUGGACAGUUUGCCGUGGUAUCCAAGAGCCUGUUUCUGUGUAAUGUUAUGGGAAAACUUGCUGUUAAAAUACCUUAAUGUAAAUAAAAUGGUCUAAUGAUGUAUGUUAUGGUAGUACCUGAUGUUAAUAAUAUAACUCUAAAACACCUUAAAGAAAUGGUUCCCUGAGUUAGACUUGGUGUGGUGGAUAUCAAAAUUUAUUAAUUAAAUAUAUAGACAGCAGAAAAAGGGCACUCUUCAAACUUGGCCUUAUAAGCUUGCUGCUUCUAGUUUUGUGUUUGUGGCAUGUGAUUUUUAGUUUCAGUACCAAGGUGGAGAACUUCUCCAAAUCUUAGUUGAGAUUAACUUAUUUUCUGAAUGCACUGUGGAAGUUAUGGUCUUACCACUUACAUGCUGCAGGAACAGCUGUGCCUGGACUUGAGCCACAUCUUUGGAGAAAGAUGUACUGAAUGGUGAGAUAGUUUUUGAUAGUUCAUGGAACAAGUGGGGUGAAGAUGUACUUGUUUACCUACAGAAGUAGUUAAGGUUCCUUGUACCACUGUUCCAGGUGACCUUUGGGAAGUGUGUGCAAAGUGGUGAGGAGUAGGAGGAGAAGGUGGUCCCUUACAUCUCUGGUCUAGUAAAGAGUGUUUCUCUUUAAUAGAGAAAUGAAGAUGGAUGCAGAAGAGUCGGUAUUGUGGCCAUCUGUCUUGGCAGAGGAGAAGGCUGUUAAUGGGGUAUUUUGAUUUCUGAAGUUCCUUUGAGCAUAUGCAUAUGUAGCCAUUGCACUGAAAUGGGCAAUAUAUUGCAGCAAUGGUAGCAUAUGAACUUUGUUUCCGUUUUAUUUUUGUAAUGAAGUCUUUGUUUCAGUGCCAUCCAUUGUGUUUGUCGUCUUGAAAUGCUGGAAAAUUAAUGCUGUGGCCUCUGUUUUUAUUAUCCAUUAGCAUUAAGUUUCAUAUGCAUCAACCCAGCCCAGUUUGAAGGUGGAGCAAGAUCUUGGGAUUUAUUUAAAUUUUCUGUAUCUGCUGUUCAUCUUCAGUCUUGAUCCUGCAAGCAUACCUAGAGACGGCAACUCCAAACUAACAUGGCAGUCAGACUGUGUGAUGUGGCUUCUCUGCUUAGAAGUGGUUCGUGGGCAGCAGAGCCUUGGACUGGGCAGGUAAUUGCUGCCAUGGAAACACAACUGUCUAAUGGACCAACUUGUAAUAACACAGCCCAUAGUUCAGCCACCAUAAACAAUUGCUCAUCACCAGUUGAUUCUGGGAACACAGAAGACAGCAAGACCAAUUUAAUAGUCAACUACCUUCCACAAAACAUGACACAAGAGGAACUGAAGAGUCUUUUUGGCAGCAUUGGGGAGAUAGAAUCCUGCAAGCUUGUCAGAGACAAAAUAACAGGACAGAGCUUGGGUUAUGGUUUUGUGAACUACGUUGACCCCAAGGAUGCUGAAAAAGCUAUCAAUACCCUGAAUGGAUUGAGACUUCAAACUAAGACUAUAAAGGUAUGUAGGGUUAAAAUAAUUUAAAGAAACUGAGCUGUUUUUACUUCCUGAUUUGUUUUACAGGUGCAACAAGCAUUCAGCCAAUGUCAGUAGAAUAAACAAGGAUUUCAUGUAGUAAAUGGUUCUUUGUAGUGUUCAUAUUUAGAGUUAGAUUAGGUAUAGAAAAUUACAUUUUCCUAACCAGCUUAACACUUCAUAUGUACAGUUGAAUUGCUUUAACUGCAGAAUUGUUAUAUACCUUAGUUGAAGAAAUGCAAUAUUGUAUGUUGUUUGAAUACUGUCUGCUUCCUCAUUUUCUGAAAGAUGGUCAAACUUCCUUAAUAAUACUUCAAGUUUUAUGGUGCUACUUGUUCCUUUUAUAAAUCCUUACAAUGAAAUGCUGAAAUAACUGUUGGUUAUCUAUUAAUUACUCUAUUUCUAGGGCUCUGGUCUUUACAUCUCUAAUGUUUGGUAUUCCAAAUUCUUUUUCAUUUAUGUUACAACUCCUUACACACUUGUUUACUAAAUUCAGUUUCUAAAAUUUAUAGAAACAAAUCUUAAGAGUUACUUUUCUCAUCUCCUUUUUUAAUCCAGUAACAGAAGACCGAAGAUACUCAUUUGAGCAAUUGAGCUCUGAAAUUCUGAGGGAGUAGAUUAAAUAAAAUUGUCAGGAAAUGCAGACUUUUGAAUGUGUUUCACAGGUGUUGGUGCCUGAAGGCGCAGUGUAUGUUCCAACUAGCUCAUUCUUCCUCAGUAAACAGCAGUAUUUGCUAUCUAAUCACUUGGGCAGUGGCUCCCUUCUAACUAGAAGUAUGUUUGAGACAUGAAAUAAAGUUCCCCUCUGAAAACAUUUGUGCUUAAAAAGCAGUAUAGAGCACUGAAAGACAGUUGAAAAAAAAAAUAAAACACCAGUAUUGGCCAAAGUGUCCUACCUGUAGUGUAUUCAUAAGAUUUAAUAAAGUGGAUUAUACUAUUUGAAACUUAAAUACUGCUUUGUAAAAAAUGGGGGCUCAUGGCACACAAGUACAGUAGAUGAAAGAUGUGGACAGAUGCUUAUCUGCUGAAAGCUCGCUGUGUGUUUCUGGCAGAUGUCUUUUCCUCAGUCCUCUCUCAUUUUCUACUUUAGGGGAAAAUUGAGCAAAUUAGUUUUGUGCUCUGGGGCUUUUGAAGCUGUGUUUUGUGUGGUUAUGAGAAAGGGAAUCUGUUUGUAUUCUGGUAGUAUUGUUUGGUGUGUAAUGCCUUGGAUUGGGCCAACAUUACUUGUAUGUCCAGGAUGAUUCAUGGAAGUUCUGUUGACUAUGUAGGCAAAAAAAAAGGAGGUGAUUAGAGGAGAUCAAGCCAGGUCUCCCAAAUAAAAAUGUUCCCUUCAAGGGAGUUGUGGUAACUUACUCCAUGCUGGCCAUAUUUGAAUUUUUAAUCCUCCUUCGCCUUGCUAAGUGAGUAAUUUAUUUUCACAUUUAAUAAAAAAGGUGAAAAUGGAGCAGUGGGACUAAACUCAGUUGUUCGUACAUUAGAUAUCUUCAGCUAAAGCAGAGCUGAAACUCUGGAGUUGUCAUAAGCCAAAAUGAUAGCCUCUUUGCUAAAAUAAAGAAAAUCUCUGUUUAAUUAGAGAAAAAUAUCUUUAAAUGGUGAUUGUUAAUGUUUUCAGUAAAUUCUGGCUCUAGUUACUAGUCCGGUCUGUUGAACUUCAGCAACACCUUUCAGUGUUAGUGGGCAUGAUUUGAGUGCAAAAACUGCUUUACUCCUUUAUUUACUCCUCUUCCUUCUUGGACGUGGGGUUUCAGGCCAAGUUUUUUGUGAUAGAUUUUCCAAGAUCACAGAAUCAUAGGAUGUUAAGGGGUUGGAAUGGACCUUAAAGCUCAUCUGGUCACAACCUCAUUGCAUUUAUCUGUGAAGCAACAGAAGUGCCCAGCCUACGGUGAGGCGUUUUGUCGCCCUCAGAUCGGCCAGGGAGCAAUGGUGAGCAAAAGGUCAGGUUGAUGUCCGAGGUGUUUUCUGCCUCUGGAGGAAGGUCUUGGCUGAAGGAAGUCUCUUAUGAGGUCUCAAUCAAAGGGCCUUUGCAGAGGUUACUUCCUCUUUAUAGACCAAGUGUUCCUGUUUGUCCUGAGUUGGUAAGUCAAUGACAAAAACAAAAAUCCAACAAACAAAAAAACCCCUCCCCCUUCCAAAAAAACCCCAAACCAAGCAAAAACAAAACCCCAGCCUGUAUGAUAAACUCAGAAUCUAACCCAUAACUUUCAGCUUUAAAAAAUGUAACUCAGAUGUUUAUGUAUACCUUCAUAUGAAAAAUCAUUGAAUAGGAGUUCUAGUGUAUAUUUAGGUUUCAAAAGAAAAAAAUUAGGGGUUUGUGCUCUCUGUGCAUUUUUGGGACUUCUACAGGAAUGCUUAGUACUUUACUAGAUUGAUGGUUCAAGUUUGUUCCCCAUUAGUAUAUAAAACUGGAAGCAACUUUGCUGGUUCAGUCACAGUGUGAUGUAUCCUCACAUUGUGACUGAACUCAGUGUAACCCUACUGAGAGGAAGCUGACUGUCCUGACCCUGAUGUGUGGUGCACUGGAUUGGGGUUGUGACAGAUGCCUCUGAUCCACAGCUUUUCUCCUAGCCUGCAUGUCAUUGGGAUAUAUUUUUUCUCAUCCCUAAGGGCAUGCCUCUUAGUACUUUGUUGAAAUAAAAUGCAUUGAAAAAUGUGGGUUUGCAAAAUGCUGGAUUAUGGGUUGGGUUUUUUAAUAUUGAUAGGAACACAAAGUCCUAUUACCUCUUCCCCUUUUAAAAGAAGACCCUGUGGAAUGCUUCAUGGAAUAUUUUACUGAAUUUUUUGCAAAAUAUCUCAACCAAUUUUCAGGUGUAUAACUCCAAAGCAAGGAUUAGCAGUCUUAGUGUUGUCUAACCUGGUGGCUGUUGUAUUGCUUUCUGAUUUAACUGAAUAUUAAAGGUGGGUGUAUACUCGGCUGGUGAAUCCACUUAGGGGUGUGUUAGAUAUAUGAACCCUAUCCAGCUAGAUGAUAUGCAUCCAUUAUUAUACAGUGCCCUUUAUUGCAUAAUUUGUGGUUUAUUUGCACUGUAAACAGGCUUGUGUGUACUGCACAUAGCCUGUGAAGUUUGGGUUUCACUAAGUUAUGCAACUUUAGUGUGGAAACAAUCUCAUCUUAUAAAAGGUAAAAUAUUUUCUGUUUUGGAAGAUUAUGCUGCUGUUAAAUUUAUCUCUGUUCUAUUUAAGAGACAGUAAAAACAUGGGGUUUUAUGUCUGGGGUGAUUUUUCUUCUUACCUUCUUGCUUGUCCGUGACUUUUUUUUCAUUUAGGUUCAUUCUGGAAAGAUCAGUUCUUCCCAAAUGUGGAAAACUCAGAGAAACAAACUGGUUAUAAGAGUCACUGAUUUACACAUAGGGUUAAGAAAAUUGAGUGCAUGUUCUUUUUUCUUGGCUUUUGCUUGGGAGAUGAGAAGUGCUCCAUGGCUUCCUCUUCCCUUCGUUAGGGUUUUUUUUUAACGAAAAAACUCCUGAAAAGAAAAAAGAUCCAAGUAAAUUUAUUGUGAGAUUAUCUGAACAGAAAUAUCUUUCAAUGUGAAGUAAAAGAGUUAUGCAUUAACAAGAGAGUGUUUUAAGAUUCACUGUCUAAAAAGGAGUAGGAAAACAAAAGGCCCCUCUGGACUGUCUGAGAGACAUGUGGGGUGAUGAGUGGGAGGCAGCUUUUUAUGUAGACAGGAAGACACAGGACAAUAUUUCUUCAUGGAUGUUAGGCUGCCUUAAUGAUGGACACAGUCCUUUGUGGAUUGUAGCUGCCAGGGGGACCCUGAAGAUGACAGUAAUGCUGUGCUCAUUCCUCCCUUUUGAGUGCUUGAAGUGGCAGAACCCCUGCAUGCACGACCUGGCGUGUCUCUUAAUACAGAAUGCUGAUGAGACGUGUGUAGACAUGUAUGCAAGUGUGUGGAAAAGGGGGAAAAAUAGUUUGUCCAGGCUAGAGGCCUUAGAGUUGUCUUUUUCUAUAAGACAGCAUUUAUAAGUUGGAUGUAUUCUACUUAGCAUAAAGCUGCGUAAAAGUAAAAUUUAAUAAGGUUUUCCUUCUCUGAAGUUGUUUGGAUUAUUGAGAUGUUUACAUGGGUAAUUAUUACCUGUCAGGGGAAUAGGAAUUUAGGAAUAUUUUAUCUAAAGAUUUAAAUCGGUAGGUUUUCUUCCCACUCCUUUAUAGCUCUGCAUGUAGUAAAAAAAAAAAAAAAAAAAAAAACAAAAAACAGGCCUAAUGUGUGACAUUCUUCCAAUUUCCUAUUGGAAUGAAUUUGACAAAUUCUUUGGCUAUAAACACAAGAUGUCCUAUUUUGCCAUCAGCACCCAAUUGACUGCCCUACUGUAGAAAGUUGUGUGAUGAGAAGAGCUACUUAAAACUUCAGUAGAAGGGCGAAUACUAAGUGUUCAGCUUUACAAAUACUCAAAAAAGUGCUGUAUAUAGCAAGGAAGGACUUGAAGUGAGGGCUGUGCUGCGAGUUCAUUAGUGUUCUUCGAGUCAUUGUCAUUAAUUCUUGGCAUUAUGCAAUGUGAUUUCACUUGGUGUUUGAACUACUACUAAGAUUUACAAGAAGAUUAAUUGUAAAGGAAUUAUCCUCUAACUUAACUGUUCAGUUGCUGUACCCUUAAGAAAUUUUACCAAGGAUAGUACUCUUGAAAACUCUUCAAACACUUAAUGGAAAAUAGCAAAAUACUGAAAAAAAGAGAUGCUAGUGUGAUUUCUGAGUUCAGUGCAACAGAUAAAAGCUAUUGAGAUUGUUCCUGUCUUCACCACUGAUACAUGCAGAGAAAAAUUUUUGUAGUGUCCCUUUUUUGUAGUAAUUCUUUGAUUAACUAAUGCCCUUGGGUAGCAAUGAAGUAUGCACGAGUUGUGUAAAAUCUCUAUUAAAAUAUCAGAGGAGAGUGAGCUGUGAAGGUGAGAGAAUUAAGAUCCACUAGUAUUAAAGAACACUGAUCUAACGUUCUAAGGAUUCGAUCUAAGGAGCAAAAGGGAAUCCUGUGUGGAAGUUUAAAUCUAGUGAGUUUCACUGAUGUUUUCAGUCAGCAAAGGCUGAGAGAGGCUCUGAUGCCAGAACAUUUAGCAGUCUUGACGGAGUAAUUAAAUACCUCAGGACUGUAUUCUUAAGGUCAAAUUGCACUCUGCUAGCAGACCUGAAACAGAACAAUUUGUCUUGGAAGAAAUCUAAAGGUGGGGUUUUUUUUCCCUUAAAUUUCUGCAAGAGUUACAUAAAUUAAAAUUAUGCAAUCUUUUAGCUAUGUUAAAAGUUAAAGUUUUGAGAGCAUUUUGAUUUUAAUACUAUACACACACACAUCUUUUCACUUCCAGGUAAAAUUUGUUCUUUGCUGAAAUUCAAAUCUCCUCAGACUUUGAGUGUUACCCACCUUAAGCUGGCUGCUUGUUUUUCACAUAGCUGAAUAAUAUUGAGAGGAGAAUUCAGUUCUUAGUGCAUGUUGCUGUCACUUGCUGUAAACCACAUUAUGGGCAGGUGGUUGAUUGUCCAUUCACUCAGAGCGCUAGGCCAGACCAUAAGAUGUGCUGUCCUCAUGGUUAGCAAUGACAGUUUUCCUGUUUGAGCCCCAGGUUCCAUGUUGCUGCUGAUUAGAAUAUCUUGUAAGGGUCCGUCCCUGUUUCUCUGAGGGGAGAAUCCUUGGGCCAGUGCAGCCCACCCUAAGGCUGUUGCACAGCUCUGCAGCCAGAACACUUCAGCGGUUCAGUAAGGUCUUUCCUGAGUUGCUUAGGCAAUUCCUGACACAGAAAUGGAGAUGUUAGAAGGGGCCAACAGUACUGUGUAAAGUUGAUGGAAGUCUGCAAGCAUUGCUCAGAAGCCAAGUCUUAUGCAAGUAAAAACAAGCAAAGAAAACAAACCCCAAAAACUAAAAAGCCAACAAAAACCUGCUUGUUACUACUAAGAUUGAUGCUGCGUCUUUGCGUCCUACCCUCCCCAUGCUUUGCAAAGUACUCUAAGAAGGUUGUGGUUUUCUGCAUGGAUUCAAAAUGCUGUAAAUGCCAGGCAUGGAGAUCUGUUACAGUCUGUUGUUUUGAGGGGUAUUUCUCCUUUGUUUGGCUGGGAUUUCUAAAUUAUUGUUAAUUUAUUUUGUUUUAAAUCCAGUAUCUGUCUUCUUUGUAAGAGGGUUUUUAUUAAUGUAAAACAUGUUUAUGCUUACUUUUGAGAUUAUGGUAGUCUUGAGACAAAUAGACCUCUGUUAAUCUAGCGGCUUUCAAGCUUUUUUGUCAUAUUAAAUGUUGACUCUGUUAUCUGUCAUUCAUGCACUAAUAGUUUUUCCAGAGGGGUUAUAAGAUAUUUCAGUGAACUGUAAGUUGAAUGGAUGUGUUUUGUGCAUUUCUAGAUGUGUCUGUGGAAUAGUGCAAGAGAUGCCCAAGUGUUGUGUUUGUCAGAGUCUCUGUCAGUAGUAGAAGCUUCUUAGGUAUAACCUGAGGUUUAGUCAUUUCCUUCAGGAGAAUAAUUGAGGUCUUGUGUUUAAGAUUCUAUUCCUGUUUAUAUUAUUCAUGUGGAGGGCUUAAUAUUAUACUCUGUACUCCUGUUCUCCUUGAAAGGUAACUGCUUUUUUUUAUUCCUAGUGCAUCUGAAAUUCCUGUGCUCUUAUUGUUUGGGCAUGAGUAGGGAUCAGAACUACAAAUGUGAAGUAGAGGAAAGGUCUUUUGAGACUCUUAAGAAUAUGAUAAAUAGGAAAUGUUUGGAGAAUUGAUCUCUUUUCAGUUCAUAUAUUUUAUUUGUACCUAAAUUCUAAGUUGAGUAUUUCCUAUUUUUAGCAAGAUAGUGAUAGUUGCAGACUGCAAGUUUUAAAGUGCUCUUCUGUACUAGUCCUUCUAAGGGCAAAACAGAAUCGCUAUUCUGUGAAUGUAGUGCAUAAUUCCCAUAUCAUAUUUUAUAGCAGUGAACUUGAUACUUGUUUUUCUUUUAUCAGAUGCUUAUGACUCUGAUUUAAAACUGCUGCAGUAUCUUGAUACUUCUGGGAAAACUUCUGCUUCUGUUUCCAUCAGUGGCAGGAUUUUCAGCUGGUUGCUGUUCUUAGCACAUACAUACAUACAUUUGCUUCCAACUAAGUGGAUUUUUGGGUGUAAGUCACUUUAGACCGAAUCUUCUGAAAGCCUGUUUUCUGGUCUUCCUCUGUGCUGCGUACAGCAGCAUUUCAUGAGGGCUUCCUCUUUGAGCAGUGUCCUGUCCUUAAUUGGUUAUAUAUCCUGAGGAAGACUUCUCAUGCUAGUUCCCUCAAAUAUAUAAAGACUGGUCUUUAGUCUAAAUUUGUCAGGUUGGUCCAUUCAUGGCCUCAUCUAAGUGGCAACAGAUGUGGAUCCCAUGACCCACCUCAGGCCUGUGACUCUGGCGUGGGUUGUAGCUGUCAGAGCUGGAACACUUUGAGGGGUGAACUAAAACAGGGAAACUCGGAUGAUAAUGCUAAAAGACUGUUGCUCCAGUGUCUUUUUUUUCAAUGCAUUCCUUAUUGUACAGCAGGCUGUAAAAUCAGGACCUUUAUGAGAUAUAGUUGUGUUUAUCAGCUUAAUCUACGCCUGUAAAUGAGCUGUGUUGAGGUCUUUUAGUUCCACAGAGGCGGAUGUAAGUUGCCUUUACAAGGGCAGUCUGGGUUUCCAGUUUGUGCUGUCCACAGAAGUGUGUGACUGCAGGCUUCCACCAUGAACUCAGCAAGUGCAUGUUCAGUAACGUAGUCUUGUGUAUUAGGAAAAGUGGCCUUGGAAUUUUGUUUGGAGUGGAACAAUCCUUAUUUGAGGGGAGACAGGAGGUGAACUUGAUGAAUAUACAGCAAUGUACUCUCCUGUUUCGGGCAACAGCCUGUCACUGACUAGUGAGAGCUGAGACCUCAUCUUUGUGGUAUGCUGCCACAUCUUCUUACUAGAAAUCCAAUUAAGAAGAGUUCUUGAAUCGUGGUAUUGCAUACAAAUUUAAGUGCAAGUUGAGAACACUUGCCUGGCACAAUGAGAACAUUGCUGAAAGAAAGAGCAGUAUGUCCUUGUUUUUACUGUGCUUGCUGAGGAUGCAUACCUGUUCCUAAUGUACCCCCUUUCUCAAUAUAAAUCUGUCUGCUUUGGAGGUAGGUUUUUAACUCAUUUUCAUAUGGACAUACUGGAUGGUAGUUUUUUGUUGGGGGUUUUUUCCCCACAGAAACAUGUAUUCUAAAAGAACUGGACACUACUCUUAAGGACAAGUUGUGUUUUAAGCAGAAAGAUUGCACUUGAGCUAGUGAAUGUGAAUAUUUACUGAAAUACUGAUUUUAGCAUUUAGAGAUUUCAGAUUUAAAGAUUUAGAAGACUACAUUAAGUAGAGGUGUUUAGGAAAAAUCAUAUUAAAUUCAUUAGUUUUUGAGAGAAUACAAAUAGUUUGUACUAAUAAUACUACUACUCUACUAAUAAUAAGAUAAAAGAGCUUGAAGCAUGGUACUGAGGUGUCAAUAGGUAGUAGCAGAUUAUAAGAAAACUAUAUAAUUUUUUUAUAACUUCUUUGUUUAACCUGCUUUCACAAUUUUCACUUGAAAAUUGUGAAUCAGUUCAUCCUGUUGUUAGGAAAUUAAGUAUUAAAGCAGUGAAAAUACUUAGAUUUAGUGAUGUAAUAUUUGCAGUUCUAGAAACAAGUGUCUUUCCUAUUAACUGCAGUGGAAAAUUUCUGUAAAACUGUUUUUAAAUUGGUAUCUCCAGAGUAGUGCUGUUCAAUAUUGUAAAGUGUGUGUCAUCAUUCAAUAUUUAAAACUGGAGGCUUUCAGGCUGUUUCUUAACUUGCCUUGUGUUCAGAGGUUUUGACAUUAUGUAAUUGAAAUGUUCACCAAUUGAAUUAGAUGUGGAAUGAAAAUCUUGGCACAGUUUUUAAUUCGGUCCAUAUAAAAGUUGUUUAAAGAGACUAAAUACAGAGCUAUCAGCAAGCAAUUACUGAAUGAGCAAACUGACAGGAUAUAGGUAGGGAGAUUAGUCUGGAGAGUCUGUGCUUUAAGUGUGUAUCACAAGUGAAAUGACUGGGCUUUGAUGUCAAAAAUGAAGAGGGCUAUACUCUAGGCAAGGUUCUUUUAAUAGGAAUUUUAUACCAGUAAUAUUUUGUAGUGUCCUUGGUUUUCACUAGUCCUGCUGACUUAAAUUGCAUUGUAUUUCUGAAGUUACAUGUUUCUUUCAGAUUUUUUGCCUGACCAGUACUUCUGGGGCUUAGCAAGAUGAUUAAAUAUAGUGUACAGAUAUUGGUGGUGAACCACAGAUUUUGGUUUAAUCUUUGUUAUUACUGUGACUAGUGUGCCCAAAUUCAGUGUGUUGGAGUAGUCACUUGAAGGUAAUAACAGUGAAGCUGGAUAUGUAGGAGUAGGGUAUACUGGUUAGAGUAUUGCUUCCAUUUACCUGCACUCAGUGUAGGCUUUGACUGCUAUGUUAAACAGUUUGAACUGUUUUAACCAGAGAGGGCAUGGGUUAUACUGGACCAGCUGUCAUAAUGCAAGAGCUCAUACUGUCUUACCAGAGGAAAAUGAAAGAGUUUUGCAAAAGCUGCUUUGUAUCUUGACAGGUACCAGUUCUGUAGCAUAAGAUAAACUUGCAGUAAAUUAGCAAAUAUUUUGUGCAGGUUUCUUCUUUUCUGAUAGAUUCUUUGUAAAUUUAUAUUUUUAUAUGUGGCAGCAUGUGUCCGGCAGUGUGAGUUUCCCCUUGAAAGACAGUGUCUGCAUGGGUUUGGUAAUUCAUUAUUUUACUAGGACUAGUCCUGUUCCCCAGGCAGUCUGUCUCCAUUCCUUGGCCUUGAGUCUCCUUAAAAUCCUGCCAAGGGAGGCAUGGAAGUUUAUUUCUUAAAGAAGCUCAGGGCUAAAUGGGCAAGUAAAGCAAGUUUAUUCAUUCCAAAAGGGUAGCUGUCACUGUCUUUGUUCCUUCAUUGGCUGAAUGCUGGCACACUUUACUCUGUUUUCCUGUAACUUUGAUCAUAGGUCUUUAGCUUUUGUGUGGCUCUCAUGUGGAAAGAACAAGGCAGUGUGACUUGCAAGGUUCCAUGCUGGAUAGCUGCAAGUUUUCGAGGUCAGUCCUCCUCAACCAGCACAAAGGUACCUUGCACAAAGCCUCUGGGUGGAACUUGAAGGAUCGCAGCAGUGCUCAGGGUGCUGCUUAUUUCAUCUCCAGCGUGCUGUCUUCUGUUUUGCUUCCAUAGCAGUCUUAAGAGUCUGCUGGUCUGUGCAGAAAUGAGACAGGAAGGAUUUGAAAAUAAAUGUCAAAGAAUUAGUCAAAAGGAAUGACAGAAUCAAGUUCCAGUUGCCCAGUAUUGACUAACAGUACAUGAAGGGUGAGGGAAGGAAAGGAGAAUAAUCUGACUACUUCUUGAGGAUCCUUUUUACUUUUAUGUUUGACAUAGGUGAAAAGCCUAGAUGAAGUGUUGGAGAACUUCUCCUGUUGGAGAAACACAGAUGUUCUGUCCUAAUCAUUCUUGUAGUAACACCACUUGUACAAACUUCAUUAGGAAGUAGUGGAAGUGCUGUUUUGUAGCAUGUGUCUAAAGGUCAAAGAAUCUACUUAAUCACCUUAAAAUAUUUUGACUGACAUGUCAAGGCAGCAGGUAAAAAACUUCUGUCCAAAAGGAUCCAAGAAUUUCCUAUAAAUGGCAUUUGUUUUUAAGGCCUCUGUUGCAGAAAUUGAGAAGGUGCUGAGCAGGCAAAAUACAGGUUGGAGUCCUCCUUCUGCCAUUCAUUCUCAGGCCUGUGAAAGUGAUCUAGCAGAGUUCAUCUCAUAAAUGAUUAUGAGUCAUUUGGUAGCAAGCUCGACAUGUACAAAAGACACAGCACUUUAAAAAUACUUGCAAACCUCUAAGUGCUUCAGACUGUCUUUCUGUGCCUUUGGCCUACAUAUCACACUGAAAUCUUAAUUCCUGGUAUGUUUUACUGCUUUUUAAUGAGACUUCAUGGAACAUGGGGCAUGGAACUUCUUAAAUUUGUCGCUUUAGUCAUAUGCUUUCUCCACCAAGACCUGCUGGAAUAUGUACCUAGCUUUCUCUCAUUUAUUUGGAAGUACUUUUUAUAUAUGAAUUCAUGUAGUCAGCUGCUCCUGUGUAGUCUAAGUUGCAUUCCUUCCAUGUUUUGGAAGCUUGCUCCCAAAAAAAACCUCCCAAAACCAAAAAAAACCCCACUGAACUGGCUUUGCAAAGUAACUGUUCUGUCUGCUGUUGUAGAUGGUUUUAUGUCUCAGAACAGAUAACACUGUCCUAUUUUAGGUGGUUUUAAAGUGUUUGUUUUCCAGGAUUUUUUUAU